AUGGCCGCUGCUAUAAAAAGUCUCGUGUUGAUGGUUGGAUCGGCACUGCGUUGCAACGCAGCUUAUCCGAACUACACUUGCGUUGUCCUCAUCGGAUUGAUAGAAUACAGACUUUUUAUCGGCGACAUCGUGAUUGGUAGCACCAAUUAUAUUAAACUCAUCAUUAUGUGCCCUGUGCUCGAAGAAUUCUUCAUACAUAACGACGGAGAUAACCCGCCAAGUUGGAUUCGAGUUUUGGACAGUUUUUGCUUGAAGCGACUUGUGAUUUACUUCCAUGUUCCUAAAUAUAGAAAGGUAUAUGAAGGUGAGGUUGCGGUCAUUGCAACUACUCUUACUUACUUUGAAUAUUCUGGUUAUGUCUCCGGUUAUUAUACUUUGUCGAAAAUGCCGUCGCUUGUGGAAGUUAAACUAGAUCUUCGACUGUGGGCGUCAACCAUCCGUUAUGAUGAUGAUUAUGAGGAUGGAAACCGUUCAGCCAAUGGUUUUUCUGUUAUCUUUGGGUCUCAUUCAUCGAGUUACAGUACAUGUCUAACCAUUAAACACCAAUCAAUAGCCAAAAUUCGAAAACUAAAAGGUCAAAAUCGAGAAGAACCGGAUUACUUUAUCCCUAAUGCUUUUGUCAUAUCUCUACACAUGAAUAAUUGUUUUGACAAGUUCAUUAAAGCCUUGGGAAGCUUGAGUGUGACAAGUUCAUUGCCUAGUUGGAUGCGUGACCACAUUCUUCGAUUUGAGAGAGAGAAGUACUGA